AUGGCACCAUCGCCGCAGCGUUCCUCCUCUGCAGUGUCGUCGUCUGUGUAUCCGCCGCUGGACUUUGCAUCGUUUUCUUGGAUUUUCGUAGGCGACAAGGACUUGGCGAAGAGCUUGCCGCUGCUCCGUCAGCGGCACAUCGCGUACGUGAUCAACUGCACGCCAGAAGUCGCGAGCGGCGGCGUGCCCCACUACCAUCUGCACGCGCGCGGCUCUGCGCAGCGCGAUGGAGGCAGUUCGCAGGCGGCGGGCAGCGGCCGCCCCAUCGAGUACACGCGGAUCGACAUGGUCGAUAACGCGACGGAGAAGCUGUCGCGUCACUUUGAGCGUUUUUGGGAGCAGAUGGAGCGCGUCCGCGUCCGCGAAAGCGGCAACGUGCUGGUGCACUGCAACCAGGGCGUCUCGCGCUCCGUGGCGAUGGUCGCGUCUUACCUGAUUCGCUUCUUCAAAAUGGCGCCCCCGGACGCCCUCGCGCUGAUCCAAGUGAGUCGACCCGUCGCCCGACCGAACGACGCCUUCAUGCAGCAGCUGCGCGAGCUUCACGAAGACCUCGUCGCCACCGGAGCCUAUCCGCCAAACGCCGUCGCCUUCUCCCUCGCCGACACCCGACACGACCAGGAGGCCCUCCAGGCACACGAGACGCAGCUCGCCGCUCGCCGGCGCGCCUUCGCCGCGCAGGCCUCCGCCCAGGCCGUCGCUGCCGCCUUCAACCGGAGAGUCAUCGGACCCGCCAGACCCCAGCCUGGGCCCGAGGAGGACCCCCUGGGCCUGUCGCCGGGACCCGCGCCCCGCCCCGGCCCUGUCAUGGAGCCGUCGCUGCCCCCCCACUUGCAGAAGAAGGGCCUCGCGGGGACAGAAGCACGGCCCAAGGCGCCCGGUGGCGAAGCGACCGCGGCCGCGGCGGAAACAGAGGAGCGCCCAGGCAUCGGGCCCCUCGUUCUGCCGUCGCUCGGAAGGGCGAGAGAGGCACACAGUCUUGAACAAAAGAAGGGCGUCGAAGCGACGAGCGUAGCGGCGCGCUGCAUCGGCCCCCAGAUUCUGCAGACACCCGCGCCCAUGGAGGACGCGAAGGAGGGCGACGCGCUUGCAGAGAGACGCGAAUCCAACGAGCCCGCUCCCCGAGGGGCUGCGCUCGAGGGAGAGAUAAAAGAGCCGCUGACGGCUUCACGUGGGCAGGAGGCCGAGGCGGCGGUCUGUGGGACGGAGCUCCGGGCGAGAGGACACGCCAUUCCGCCCCGUGAUGUCUGCCUGGGCGAGGCAGGACCAGAUGCGGAGUGCACAGAGAGAGAAGUCGUGGUUGUGGAGGAGGACGGUGAGAGCGUUUUCGAUGAGAGUGCGCGGCAAGCGGGCCUGCCGGAAAGAAGAAAUGGCGUUCGCGCGGACGGGCGAGGGAGCGGGGAGAGAGACAGCGAUCAAGGACAAGCAGCUGGCGAAGAGAUUUAUGCACGCACGGCCUCAGGGACGAGGCCAGAAGAAACCCGGGAACGCGGACCUGAACCCACGGAGAAGACAGGAGAAGGAGGCGCAGGAGACGUGGAUGUCAGCCGCGACCGGGAAGCAGAGAUUUCCAGCCAAGAAAGGAAGGGAUCGACGAGUCUCUCGGGGUCCGCUGGUCGGCUGUCCCCUGCGGCGACAUCGCGGUCGCAGUCGCCGGCUCCCUCCUUCCGGAGGUCGGCACCCCCCGCUGGGACACGGAGCUGCUUCAAGACACCGUGGGUACCGCCGCCUCUGUCUGCAGCUAAGGCCAGCGACUCCAAUGCCUCGGCGGCGCUUUUCUCGCGCUCGCCUCCCUGCUCCUCGCCGCUGGGCAGUUCCUUUGCGGCGCUCGCCCCCAAGAAAGCAGAGACCUCCUGCGCGGAGACUCGGUGCCACUCCGAGCCCGCGCGCCCCCUGCAGUCUCCGCCGUCGUCGUCGUCGUCAUCCUCCACCGCCUCCUCCGCCUCCGCGUGCGACUUCAGCGACCGCCGCUACUUGCCGCGGACGCCGAGUCCGCGCGAAGGCGACAGCGCAGAGGCGCGCGUCUCGCGUUCGCUCUCCCGCUCUCUCACGGCGUCGCUGUCCCCCGAGCUACUGACUGUUUUCGGGCCGGCGCCGCCUCCGCAUGCGUUUCGAGACUGCGGCGCGGGAAGGCUUCGCUCUCGUUCGACGUCGUCGCACCGCUCAGCGGACUCAGACAGCGACGUUUUCUUCGUGGAGGAGCGCCGCUCUGCGCCUAUGCAUCGCGCCGGUCGGAGGCAGGCCAGGCGGUCACGCUCUCGAGGGAGCUGGUCUGGCGCAAGCGACGGCAGCAGAAGGGCCGCGCGUCUCCGCAGCCUGAGCUCCGAUCGAGGGCGGAGUGCGACGCGGUCGCCGUCGUUCAAGAGGCGGCGGACGCGUGUCUCUUCUUCUGACUUGUCGUCUUCUCCCGACAGGAAGGGUUCAAACCGCAAGAGGCGAACCGUCUCCAGAGGAGGCCGAAUCUCUUUCCAAGCGGAUGACGAGGAGGAAGACUGCGCACACGGGUGGCGUCUCCAAGGGCGGCCGCGCUUCUCGUCCUCCCCAAGCAGCCGCAGCAGCGGAGGGAGCUCCGCGGGGCGCUGGAGCCCGAAGGCGCGGAGGAGGAGGCGCGGGACGGGAAGCGCAGGCUGGAGAGACGCGUCGCCGCGGCGGUCGCCGUGCCGGCGCGACCGCGACCGCGACAGUGCAGACGAACGAUGGAGCAGAGGCCGAGGGACGCCCUCGUCUCCGUCGGGGGGGGCCUCGGGGCCGCGGGCCCGGCGGCGAUCGCCGUCGAGGGAGGGAGAGCGACCGGAGAGGUGGAGAGAUGACCGAUGGAGGCGAGUGUCGGGGUCGCGGUCGCGGUCGACCAGUUGCAGUUCUCCAGGGCGCAGGAGGAGUCGAGGACCGGAGAGGUGUCGGCAGGAAGCCGCGUGGCGGCCGAAGGGGGCGGGACCGCGCAGAGGCUGGUUAAGAAGUCAAAGUUGCAGCUGGUCGUGCGACGGAGGACGCAGUGGACCGGCCGCCGGUGCCAGACAUGACCAGGGGCCGCGCCGCCCGACGUGCAGACGAAGCGGAGACGAGCGAGUCUGCGCGCCAGAAGUCUACGCCGGGUCGCGGGGGGGCGCAGGCGGCAUGCCUUGCGUGCGGCAUUGCGAGGCUGAGCAGAGCGUGGCCUGA